AUGGCCGGGGUGAAUGACGGCGGAGGCGGCGGCGAGGACGACUUGGGAGAAAAGGGAGCAGCAGGAGGUUUUGUGUGCGGGAACGCGUUGUAUCGGACCCCGCUGGUGACUCGUUACGCGUCCGAGGACAUGAGCUACAAUUUCGGCGAGGUGAAGCGCAUUUCCACGUGGCGGAGGCUCUGGCUCUACUUGGCCAUGGCCGAGAAGGAACUCGGAUUGGACAUUACGGACGAGCAGGUGGCCGAGUUGCGAGCUGCCAUACACAACAUCGACUUCGCCCGUGCUGCCCGGGAAGAGCGGGCCACCCGCCACGACGUAAUGGCCCACGUGCGCACGCUGGCCGUCGUGUGUCCCAAGGCUGCCCCCGUCAUCCACCUGGGGGCCACGUCGUGCUUCGUGGGCGACAAUGCGGACCUCAUACUCAUGCGCGAUGCCUUCAACAUACUCCUACCCAAGGUGGCCAAGUGCUUGGCCCUGCUUGCCAAGUUUGCAGCCGAGUACAAGGACAUGCCGACUUUGGGCUAUACUCAUUUCCAGAGUGCCCAACCAACGACUGUCGGGAAACGGGCUUGUCUCUGGCUCCAGGACCUGUGCUUUGACGAGAGGGCGUUGCGGCGAGCAAGGGACGACCUGUGUUUCCGCGGAGUCAAGGGCACGACGGGCACGCAGGCCUCGUUCCUCGAGUUGUUCCACGGCGACCACGACAAGGUGAAGGACUUGGACAAGUUGAUUUGCACAGACAUUCGACUGCUGGCGAGUCUGAAGGAGAUGGAGGAGCCGUUUUCCGAGUCGCAGAUCGGCUCGAGUGCCAUGCCGUACAAGCGGAACCCGAUGCGGAGCGAACGAUGCUGCGCCCUCGCGCGCCACCUCAUGACGCUCGUCUCGGACCCACUGCACACGGCGUCGGUCCAGUGGAUGGAGCGAACACUGGACGACAGUGCCAAUAGACGAAUGGCCAUUUCUGAAGCAUUCCUGACUGCAGACGCAGUGUUGCAGCUUCUGCAAAACAUCUUCAACGGUCUGGUCGUGUAUCCGCAAGUGAUACGGAAGCACCUGCUGGAGGAAAUGCCGUUUCUCGUUUCGGAGAACAUCAUUAUUGCCAUGGUCUCCAAGGGUGGCAACAGACAGGAAUGUCACGAGAAAAUCAGACAGCAUGCUUGGGCCGCAGCGGAAGAGACCAAAAAUGGCAACGACAACGAUUUUCAGCGUCGCGUCAUGCUGGACACCUAUUUUGCGCCUAUCCACGCGGAAUUGGACCACGUGAUGAGUAACACGGCGUCCCUGUGUGGCCGAGCCCCGGAACAAGUGCAAGAGUUCCUCACGGAUCACGUGGGUCCCGUUUUGGCAGUCUACGAGGCGGAGGAGAAUGUGGAAAUUGUGGAUCUGGAGCUAUUUUUCUUGUUCGUCGCUGCCAGGGGCUUCUUGUUCGGUGGUAUGUCGUCCGUGCUAUUCGAGGACAUUUUUGACGUGAAAGAUAUCGAUGCGGAAGGCAAAAAAUUCGAUCGUGUCAGCCGUCUGCAUUGUGAAAGCGAAUCCUUCAAGAUGGACCUUAUUUUGGAUGUAAACUCUCAGGUUUACCCGGUUGACCUGGGUGAGAAAUUCCGGCUCGUCCUCGCGACUACUCUGCGAGAAGAUGGCUAUGCAGAUGCCGAAGAUUGGAAUCCAAGGAUGCCAGAAGACGGAAUGACGAAAGCGGAUGCGUUCGAGUAUGUGAUGUACGGCAAGAUCUAUAGGAUUGAAGGCGACGAGGGUGGAGAUCGAGUGGGAGACCCUACGGGGCGCCUUUCGGCUUAUGUUUCUUUCGGUGGGCUCUUAAUGCGGCUUCAGGGUGACGCGAAUAAUUUGCAUGGCUUUGAAGUGGACCAUCAUCUGUACCUCCUCAUGAAGAAACUAGCUUUCUGA